GAGACAACUUUCUUUAAAUAUCACAUGGAAGCAUCAGGAUUCGAGAUGGUUUAUAUGCAAAUUGCAAAGCCAAUUCAGUUGCUCACUUCCCUUCACAGGACAGAGUAUCAGGCCAUAAACAAUGGGCCUGAUUUCUCUUUGGGUACCCGGAAAGUUUCGGGGCAUAAAUAUCUCGAGAGAUGUUCACAGAUUCCAGCGACCCAUGAUUCCAAAACCCAAAAGAUUUUAUCUUUAGCUUAGUUUUCGUCUGGAUGGAUAACGCAGCGUCCCGUUACUUGAGAAGAAACUAGAGCGGGGGAAUUGAAUUCACCAACCCCGGAUUGUAAGCAGUUGCAGCAUCCAUUGAUGGGCACUGCAGCUGCUUGCACUGGCCGUCUGAUUUUCGCAUCACCUUCAUCCUCCACAGCCCACUUCGAUUCGGCUUCCAUGACCCAAUUUGUUUCUUGCUCUUCUUCAACCUCCUCCUUCACUACUGACCCUGACCAAGCCGACGACAACCCUUCCAAGUUCACCUACAGCCGAGCUUCCCCGUCCGUCAGAUGGCCCCACCUUAAGCUCCCCGAGAGUUUAACUCCUCGCUCUCAAUUCUUGGUCGCUCCACCUUCGCUCUAUCAUGCUACUGACAAACCCAAUUUCGAACAUGUUCCGGGUGGCGAGAGUGAGGAGGAGAGGCGAAGUUUGGAUAUGGUGGAGCCAUUGGACGUGAAUGAAGAGUCGCUCUCGCAGGACGGGUUAGGCCAUCCCAGCAGGAACAAGAUCAAGAAGAUGAACAAGUUGGCUCUCAAGAGGGCCAAAGACUGGAGAGAGAGGGUCAAAUUCUACACUGAUCGAAUACUUGCUUUGAAGCCCGAGGAGUUCGUGGCCGAUGUGUUGGAUGAUCGGCCGGUUCAGAUGACCCCCACUGACUUUUGCUUUGUGGUCAAAUGGGUCGGCCAAUGCAGCUGGCAACGUGCGUUGGAGGUCUAUGAAUGGCUGAAUUUGCGGCAUUGGUAUUCGCCCAACGCUCGAAUGCUCGCCACCAUCUUGUCGGUGCUGGGAAAGGCUAAUCAAGAGGCGUUAGCUGUCGAGAUUUUCACCAGGGCCGAGAAUUCCGUGGGUGAUACUGUUCAGGUUUAUAAUGCAAUGAUGGGUGUUUAUGCUCGGACCGGGAGGUUUGGUAAGGCCCAAGAACUGCUCGAUUUAAUGCACGAACGUGGUUGCGAGCCAGAUCUCGUGAGCUUCAAUACUCUGGUGAAUGCCCGCUUGAAGUCAAAUUCUAUGGUGCCUGGUUUAGCUGCUGAGCUUUUAGGUGAGGUGAGGAGGUCCGGUCUUAGGCCUGACAUAAUAACUUACAACACUCUUAUAAGUUCGUGUUCUCGUGGGUCUAAUUUGGAGGAGGCAAUGAAAGUAUAUGAUGACAUGGAGGCACAUAACUGUCAACCUGAUUUGUGGACUUACAAUGCCAUGAUAUCAGUGUAUGGUCGAUGUGGACAAUCAAGUAAGGCUGAACAGUUGUUUAAGGAACUGGAGUCCAAGGGAUUUUUCCCUGAUGCAGUGACGUAUAACUCUUUGUUGUAUGCAUUUGCAAGAGAAGGGAAAGUAGAGAAGGUCAAGGAGAUUUGUGAGGAAAUGGUGAAGAAAGGGUUUGGGAGAGAUGAGAUGACGUACAACACUAUUAUCCACAUGUAUGGUAAGCAGGGCAAGACUGAUCUGGCCUUGCAAAUUUAUGAAGACAUGAAAUUGCUUGGCCGGAACCCUGAUGCUGUUACUUUCACUGUUCUGAUUGAUUCACUUGGAAAAGCAAAUAAAAUAGCGCAAGCUGCAAAUGUUAUGUCACAGAUGUUGGACGCGGGGAUUAAACCCACGCUGCGCACGUAUAGUGCCCUAAUCUGUGCCUAUGCUAAGGCAGGGAAGCGUGUCGAGGCUGAAGAGACCUUCAACUGCAUGUGUAGGGCGGGGAUAAAACCCGAUUAUCUCGCUUAUUCAGUUAUGUUGGACAUACUUUUCAGGUUCAAUGAGACGAAGAAGGCAAUGGUAUUAUACCAGGAAAUGCUAUCUAGCAAUUUCAGGCCUGAUCGUGCCCUUUAUGAGGUCAUGCUGCAUGGUCUUAGGAGGGAGAACGAUGUGGACAAUAUUGACAAGUUGGUCAAAGAUAUGGGAGACUUGUGUUGUAUGAACCCAUCAGUCAUUUGUUCAGCUCUCGUGAGGGGGGAAUGCUAUGAUCUUGCUGCUACGAUGUUACGAUUAGCAAUCAGCGAUGGGCAUGAAUUGGAUCGCACAGAUCUGUUAUCUAUAUUGAGUUCAUAUAGCUCAUCAGGCAGGCAUGCAGAGGGAUUAAACUUGCUUGAGUUUUUGAGGGAGCAUGCCGGAUCCAAUGCACUGAUUAGUGAAGCACUGGUGAUUAUGCUUUGCAAGGCAGGCAAAAUAGAUGCUGCCCUGGAAGAGUAUAGUGAAACUAGUGCAUAUGGUUCAUUCAGUGGAAGUUAUAUCUUUUAUGAGUCCUUGGUUCAAUGCUGUUUAGACAAUGAACUUUUUAUUGAAGCUUCUCAGGUCAUUUCGGACAUGAGGUUCUACUGCAUUGCACCGUCAAAGCGGCUGUACGAGAUCAUGGCACUUGUAUAUUGUAGAAUGGGCUUCCCCGAGACAGCCCAUUGUUUUGUUGAUGAGGCAGAAAGAAAAGGUAUUUUGUUUGAUGAUAACUCAAUAUAUGUUAGUAUCAUCGAGGCAUAUGGUGUUGUGAAGCUGUGGCAGAAAGCAGAAAGUUUGGUGGGAGGUCUUAGAAUGAGACGUUCGGUAGAUCGUAAGGUUUGGAAUGCACUGAUACACGCUUAUGCUGCCAGUGGUUGUUACGAGCACGCGAGGGCUAUUUUCAAUACGUUAAUGAGAGAUGGCCCUGCUCCUACACUGGAGUCCAUCAAUGGUCUCUUGCAAGCUUUAAUCACUGAUGGGCGGUUGGAUGAACUUUACGUGGUGAUCGAGGAGUUGCAAGAUAUGGGUUUCAAGAUAAGCAAGAGUUCUAUUAUUUUGAUGCUUGAUGCUUUUGCUCAAUCUGGAAACAUAUUUGAAGUGAAGAAGAUAUAUGCUGGAAUGAAGGCAGCGGGUUAUGUUCCUACCAUGCAUCUUUACAGGAUCAUGAUCGGAUUGUUGUGCAAAGGGAGAAGAGUAAGGGAUGUUGAAGCCAUGGUGUCCGAGAUGGUAGAUACAGGGUUUAAACCUGAUCUUUCAAUAUGGAAUUCUAUGCUUAAAUUGUACACAGGGAUUGAGGACUUCAGAAAGACAGUUCAAGUGUACCAGAAAAUUCAAGAAGCUGGCCUUAAGCCAGAUGAAGAGACAUAUAAUACUUUGAUUGUAAUGUACUGCAGAGACCGUCGGGCUGAAGAAGGUAUAGUGUUGAUGCAUGAAAUGAGAAGGCUCAGCUUGGAACCUAAGCUAUCCACGUACAAGAGCUUGAUUUCUUCCUUUGCCAAGCAGCAUAACUUGGAACAAGCCGAAGAACUUUUCACGGAGUUGCAUUCGAAAGGGUACAAAUUAGAUCGUUCCUUUUACCACAUUAUGUUGAAACUCUACAGAGACUUGGGAGAUCAUUCUAAAGCUGAAAAUUUGCUGUUAGUGAUGAAAGAGGCUGGGGUAGAGCCGACAAUCGCCACAAUGCACUUGCUUAUGGUUUCUUAUGGAAGCUCUGGACAUCCUCAGGAAUCUGAAAGAGUCCUUGAAAACUUGAAAGUAACAGGAAUAAAUCUGAGUACAUUACCAUACAGUUCAGUUAUUGAUGCUUACCUGAAAAAUGGUGACUAUAGCAUUGCCAUUCAAAAGCUUGAUGAAAUGAAGAGUGAGGGGGUGGAACCCGACCACAGGAUAUGGACAUGCUUCGUGAGGGCUGCAAGUUUGUCCCAGCAUGCAUGCGAGGCCAUUAAUCUCUUGAAUGCAUUGAAAUGUGCUGGAUUCAAUCUUCCCAUCAGGCUUCUCACAGGAAAGGGCGAGUCACUAGUUUCAGAGGUAGACUUUUUUCUGGAGAAGUUACAUCCUUUGGAAGACAAUGCUGCUUUUAAUUUUGUCAACGCUUUAGAGGAUCUUCUGUGGGCAUUUGAGCUUCGUGCCACUGCUUCCUGGGUCUUUCAGUUGGCGAUGAAGAAAAGUAUCUACCGGAAGGAUGUGUUCAGGGUAGCUGAAAAGGAUUGGGGGGCCGAUUUUAGAAAGCUGUCUGCUGGUUCAGCUCUUGUUGGUCUUACUUUAUGGCUUGACAACAUGCAGGAUGCAUCUCUGCAGGGAAACCCUGAAUCCCCAAAAUCUGUAGUUUUGAUAACAGGCACCGCAGAGUACAACCUGGUUUCUCUUAACAGCACUCUCAAGGCUUUUCUGUGGGAGAUGGGAUCUCCAUUCCUGCCAUGUAAGACCAGGUCCGGCCUUCUUGUAGCUAAGGCCCACUCUCUGAGGAUGUGGUUGAAGGAAUCCCCAUUUUGCUUGGACCUGGAGUUAAGAGACGCUCCUUCUCUUCCCGAGUUCAAUUCUAUGCAACUUAUUGAUGGAUGUUUCAUAAGGCGUGGCAUUGUUCCUGCAUUUAAGGACAUAACUGAGAGGCUUGGAGUGAUUAGCCCCAAGAAAUUUUCUAGGUUGGCUUUGUUGUCGGAUGAUAGGAGGGACAAAGCCAUUCGAGCUGAUAUAGAAGGGGCAAAAGAGAAACUGAACAAGAUGAAAAUCGUUGAGCUUAGGAGGACAGAAAAUAAUGAGAGGCUGCAAAAGAAAAAUUGUUAGGAAGGUCAUGCGUAAGAUUGAGGAGAAAUAUAUAGCCGGUUUCAAUAUGUCCUGAUACAUCUCUGUGGGAAAAUGGAUCAUUUACACAUGUUCUCUUAUUGGAGGAGGAGUUCCAUUGUCUGACUCAUGUUCCUUAGGACUCUUUCUAUCCUCCAGACUCCUGGAGAGUGAUGUUCCAUUGUCUAUGUCCAACUCUUGCUACUAAGGUUAAUGAACAUCUUUAAUAUGAACAGAGAUCAGGAUGUGAAGAAUGCAAGGCGAAGAAUUCAUCUGGUUAAUGAACAUUUUUUUCGUGCAUGUUUAGGACCUCUUUUUCGCGUGAAUUUGUUGCAACUCCAAACGUGAGUGAUCAAAUCCAAGAAGUGUCAACUGCUGGAGGAGACUUAAGUCACCAUCCCGUAAGGACCACAGUUGUCUUCUGAAGUCAAGAAGCAUUCAUCUGUGUAUAUGUCUCAAGCCUUGGACAAUAAUUUGCCUCUGGCUGGAAACUCCACAAUUCCAGUAUACGAAGUGUAUCCAAUGCUGAGAACAGAUGAAAUGGGUGCUUGGAAAGGCUUCUUUUUCCAGAGGAAUCGUUUGGACAAACUGCAUGAAAAAAGAGAUCUGAUGUCGAGGACUUGGCAAUUGCUGGGUGUCAAAGAAAGCAAACUUCUUGUGCAUUAGUCUUGCCCAAGGGACUCUCUUCGGAUGUAAUACAAGGAAAACCUUCAAGAGCACUAUUGUUGCCUCAAUGGACAUAAGAUCUGUCCGCAGAUGUAUAGCCCUGGUGAUGUAAAUGAAACUUUUGAUAGCGUUCAUGAUUUGCGGUGUAAGUUCCAAAUGUAGCUGGGAACAUUAAUUUCUUGCUUAUUUCAAAGUGAGGAAAGCUGCGGAUGUAUAGAAAAAGUAGAUUAUCCGGACAUUCAUCAGAGUGAACCGAUUUAUGAAACGUUUAUGUAGUUUGCACCUUGUACUGUUCUUGG